CUGAACAACGAUUUUUUUUGCAAAUUUGGUUUUUUUUUCUAUUCUAUAAGUCUGAAAACUUUGGUUUCGCGACUCCAACUCAUACUUGACACGUAAAAGUUAAAUGGAACGGAUUAAUAAAAUAAAAAAAAAACUUUAAAAAAAAUUAAGAUGUCGCGUCGACCCCGCUCGAGGCACAGGCUCUGCUCAUAUUCAUCCUUUUAAUAGAUUAGUAAGAUUAAAAAAAAGUGACACGUGACGAUAAAAUUUUCCCAACGUCGAUAAAUAAUUUUCACCUCAAAAUAGAAUUUUACAUUUCAUUGUUCAUCGGCUUGCGUCGCUGACUGUACGUCUGUACGAGCAACAUUUCAUUAAAGAGGAUGUGAUUAUCCGCAGAGGCGGUCUCAUCAACUACAUUUAUACAGCAUUGCAUCUCGAGAUACUAUCUCGUGUGUAGCUUCAUGUAGGGCUGUUGUAUUGUAAUAUUGAAGUUUAUGUUAUUGACUUAUCAUAGUAUACAGGUAGGUACCCCUGCAGUCGAGUGAAAUUUCUGCUAUCAUUAACGUCAUCAUUAAAGAUUUGAGAAGAUAAUAUGGAUGUAAUUAGAUCGGUCGAAUUUAUUUUACACACGUUGCUUGCUAAGCAAUAUCAUCUGUAUUAUUUGUCGGUCACUGCUGACCGCCAUGGCGUUUGAUGGUUUAUUUAUGUAUUUGUCGCCCGUCCAGGUGAUUAAUGUAAAGCAUUUCCGCGAUCACAGCUGAAGCUAGUAAUGCCAUGAACGCCAAUUUUUAUUUUUUGUAUAAAAGAAAUAAAAUAAUAUUUCGUAUACUGCUUUUACUUCUCCGUUUAACUACUUAAACAAUAAUACACACAAUAUAACACUCAAAUUAUUACAUGCCUAUUAUCACAAUAAUAUAAUCUCUAACUAUUCUUCAUAAAAGGUUAAAGUAUUAAAAGAAUAAAACAACUCGUAACUAACUCAGUAUAACUUUUUAAUUACUUACAAAACACGUACAUAGUUGCUACCAAAGUUACAUAAUUUUAUCACAUGGUAACACUGAAUAUAGAACAAUUGUGGGCAACGUUCAAACUUUGCCGAAAAUUCAAAGUCUGGCAACCCUUAAUAACAGUACGUGUGCUUCUAAAAUGGUAGAUUUAUGUCUAGACUGUGGUGGCAUAGAUAAUUAAUUCUGACGUUUCUAUUGUCUUGGCUAGAUGAAGACAUGUAAUAAGACUGCAAUGAAGGAAACUACAAGAUCAAAAUUUGUACAAAUUGAAAUUGUGUUACAGGACCAUGCGAAAUGGUUUUAAAGUUACAAUAAAAUCAACUGUUAUUGCUUUGGAACAUAUGAAACUAAAGUAUUGAAUUGGCUGCUUUAUAAUCUUACUUGGUGGUCAAUAAAAUAAAACGCAAAAAGUGUAAAGUGUAAAGUGUAAAGCGAAAAACUUGACGUACAUAAAUACUGAGCACCCCGUGGUCACAUAUGUAGACAAGAAUGUCUUCGAAUACUUCAAUUUGACAAAUCAUCGAAUGAACCGGCACGACCCCAGAUACUACGUUGGAAUAAACACCAAGACGUUGGUUGUAGUCGGUAACAAUAUAAAGUUGGACUUCUAUUUCUACCAGUUCCUAACGAACAGGUAUCGUCCGAGUUUCAUAGAGAUGCACUUUAAAUUCUGUGAACUUGUAGCGGACUCGUUCAUUGGAGCUACUUUGAAACGAGCCUUCAACGACAGGACCUGUCCUUAUCCUCCGGGUAUUUACGACCUUGAAAACCUGUCCCUAGCUUACGUACCAAAAGGCUUUCCAUUCACAAAAGGCCGUAUUAUCUGCAACCUCACGAUGACCGAGCGGUCUGGCACAACCAAAUACGUUGGACACGGAUACAUUGACAUAGAAGUCAAAGUGGCAAAAAAUAUUAAUCGGGAAAAGAAACCCAAACAAUAAAAUAUAUGAAUAACGAAAAUUGUGUUGUUUUAUUAUCCUGUUUAACCAAAUGACGACGGCAAUAAAAAUAUUUUGCAUCUGGAAAUAUCAACUGUGAAAAAUAUUUAGGUAAUCAUUCGGUAACUGUAUGGUGUACUCUGGUUGUGCUUCAAAUAUUUUACAUGUACGUCUUCUUUUUCUUAUAGGCCAGAUAGGCAGUCGCUCCUUAUAAAAUGAAGAAGGAAGACCUUAUAGGGAGAACUUAUAGAAAGUAUUUAGGUGCCUCCGGUUAGUCUGGAAAUCGACCAAAAUAUAGUCGGGAAAAGGCUAGAAUGACGAUCUUCUUCUUAUAAUGCCGUCACUUUCGGAGGUUGGCAAUCAUUUCGACUAUUUAUAAUAUGUACACUGCCGUACGGAAGUACGACCCACUACCCAUAACGUAGAUUUUACAUCCAAUAAAAAUACAUACUCGUCGUAAAUAUCUCAUUUGCAAAAGGCAUAAGACAAUCUCAUGCAGAAAACUGACUGAGUGACCCUGCCACUCCCGAAAAGAAAUCAGUUGCAGUAAAAAAGGCGCACUCUAGGCCCUGUAAUUCGUCAUCUCCCUUCCACUAUAGCCUCAGAUUAGGUGGCAGGUCUGUAGUAUAAAUUGAACUGCAUUUAAACCAUCGUAUGCAUAAUAAAUUACACAGUUUAUGUAACAGACAUGAUCGCAUGUUUGAUGUAUCUAAUUUCCCUAUACCAAUUACCUCAUCGCUAAAUUGGUAUUUGUUGGAAAAUGUUUGCACAGCGGUCAAACAUGGGAUAUCUAAUCAAUUUCCAUUUUAGAUACACUGUUUAUAUUAUGGAUCUUUGAUUUGUAAUUUAAGCUGUGCUAGCCGCGGCAGGGUCAGUUAGAUGGCUGACUAUUAAUGAAUAAAUUGAUAUCCUCAAAUCUUCGGUCUUUUAAAGAAUAGAAAGAAAAAGUCAAAUUAGCAAAUAUAAGAUAAAUUAUCAAUUCUCCGCCAGUUAUACCAAUAUUCGUCAUCUCCCUAAACGUUACCCAAAAACCAUAAGUAGGUCAGAAUAGAUGGUCCAUAUUUGUCGUAAGAUAACAGGGCUCAGGGUAUUGUGGGCAACAUUUGAGCCGUGUAAUAUACACAAAACAGGCUGAUCUCUUAUAGAAUGUGUACCUUUCAUAUUUCAUGCAAAAAGGUUCUUACGACAGCCGGUGAUAGGGUAAAUACAGAUCGACGAACAAGAUUACGAGGGUGCGAUUAUUUUUGUGAAGCUUAAACGAUUUUUUAUUGAUGGUUGCCUGUCGCCGUCAGCAGCGGACUAUGAAGUGUUUUUUAUGCCGUUUAGGAGUAGUUUAAGGACCUAGACAUGUUUCCACAAUCAGCAUUAGGAAUAACUCUGCAAUGAUACUUAUUAGGAAUCAUAUUAUUUUAAUGUAAUAUAAUAUAAUAUAAAUAUAAUAAUAAAAGACUACUUAUAAACGUCUCAUAGCUGGGCAUAGGCCUCCUACCAUGCAGGGAAGGGUUGAGCAUAGAUCACCGCGCUAGCUCACUGCGGAGUGGCGAUUUCAGAUUCCAAUAUUUAGUAGCCAGAUUUUAUUACGAUGAUCCCUUCAUUUUUAGUCAGUCGUGUCUUAGAAUGAUUAAGAAAGUAUAACAUCUAAAUGUCACAUUGGUUCUUGGCGUUUUGAUUAAACCUACGCCUUUGCAUACAAAUCCAUUCAAAGAACCACAAGGAAAGCAGAUUAUUAUUUCAACGUACUCCAUCAAAGUACAGAUACCAUAGUUUUUAAAAAGAAGUAGUUAUCGAUUUUUUG